AUGUUUAUGUUCCUAGAAUCUAUUUAUUUUUUCGUCUAUAAUCAUUUCUUCUGGAAGUUGUAUAUAUAUUAUUUUGUUUCCUUUACCAAUGGAUACAGAGCAGCAAGUUUAGCAGAUUCUUCACCUGCAUCAUUACCGUUACCGUUACGUGUUGAGCCAAAACCAAAGAGCGGGAUUAGGCAACAAGAUCUGCUGAAAAAAGUUGUUGAGAUUAAACCUAAGCGACCAAGGUCUGAAAGCAAUAAGCCAACACAAGCUCCUAGUGAUACUUCUAUUACAAAUCACGGGCGUGAUCGUGAUAAUUUGAAAGAAAAUGAUCAGUUUUUAUCAAGACCAAAAAAAUUUGAGGAACACCCUACAGCGGGGAUGCAUGACGGUGAAACUAAGCCUAAGGUUGAUAACUCUGGCGGCGGGGGAUUACUAGGCCUGGCGUAUACUAGCUCAGAUGAUGACGAUGAAUGA